AUGCCAUCCAAGUGCACGACCACGUCCUACCCGCGGGCUGGCAGUGCAAGGACAUCAAAGCUCUUCUCAUUCUUCGCGCAUUUCUUCUCCGUCUCAUACUUUCACUUCCUAUGGAAACCAUUUACGUCCCGACACAAAGUGUCCGAUUCCGUGCCGAGUCAUAAGAUAUGCCAACAGUUCCCACAAGUGGACGACAGCUAUAUUAAUCAUUUAAUGAAGAUUUAUCAUAACCGAGAAAACCUGGUUAUCAGUGCUCUGUUGGCUGAGGGCUAUACCCGAUCCUUUAAUCUGCCACCCGAUGAAACAUUAUUUUAUAAACUAAAGGGUUAUUUUCCAGCAGUAGAUCCAGAAGUGAUUCGUCAUAUGCUUAUUAAACACGAUAACAUCGAACAUGAAGUGAUUGCUGCCAUAAUCGCAACGUUAGGCCCAAAUCAUAUCCGCUAUCAAAGUAGUUCAGCUAUAUGUCCAGGGUCACCCAAAAUGAAACUCAGAUACUUGAAGCUUAUGUAUCCCGAAGCUGAUGAAGCGGUCCUCUUUGACUUACUCUACAAUUGCGAUCAAAACGCAAUGGAAGCCAUGAAUCGUUUGGAGAAAAUGGGUUAUAAACGGACCGAAUCUUCGGGCAAAACAUCGAGCGCUAAACCACUGGACACUGACUUUAGUAAAACUAAACCAUUCAGACCUCAAACGGCACCCAUAGCCUCCAGGGCUAGUUUCCCACCAAACACAGCAGAGAAACACAAAAUGGUGAAAGCUUUAGAGGAAGAGUUCCCGAAAGUGACUUCAACUUUAAUUAAUAUGGCGUUAGAGACCAGUGGUUACAGUCAAGAAAGAGCCCGAGUAUUCCUCUCUGCAAUGACACCGCAAGACUCGUCCAAAUAUUUUCCAACAAAUAUCAAAACAGCGGUUAUGUCACCACUGAUGGCCCGGUACUGUCGAGGAACGCAAACCAAUUCCAUAUUAGACACAAUCACCGGAACGCCCAUCAAAAUCGCCAAAACAGUGGCCAUAAAAGUAACGAAAGGCACGUCCACUACAGAAGACGGCAUUUUUGUGGACGAAAAGAAAAAGCCCCUUGCUAAGGGCACUGAUCCCGGUGUUAGGAAGGGCACUGAUCCCGGUGCUAGAAAAGGGCCCAACAUUUUGAAUCUAAUAAAAUCAUACUUUCCGUGGAAAGGGUCCGAUUCUAAGCACAAAAGCGGACCCAAUGCCAGUAAUAAGAAGGGUGGCCUGAGAGUGGUCUUUUCACCUGCCUUCAGAGUGAUCUCAAUCAGUGGUAAGAUAUGCGGAACCAAUGCAUCCGUCUUAAGAGGCCAUCCAUAA